ACAAGCAGGCUGCGAAGAAAUCAAACAAACGAGCAGCAGGACAGCCGCACUCUCCUCGCGAGUCGAGCGUGCCGAGAAACCGCGCCGUUGUUCAACUGUCACCGGUGCGCGUUUGUUUACGGAUAUCCGAGGCGAUUUUCAAAAAGGAAACAUCGAGUGACCCGAAAAACUAAACAAGUGAAAUGAUUUCGAUGGGUUGAGUGAAAAAAGUACGCUGGUUUUGCCAUGUCGAUUUAAAGUUUCGUCUAACAAGGACUAACAAAAAUAAUAAUUGAUUCGAAAGUUUAUUUGUGUGUAUUGGUCGAAUAUUUGGAUUAAAAAUGGUGUUCUUUUAUGUGGAUUUUAUUGUGGAAGUUAUAGAUACGUGUGUCAUGGUAUUGGAGAAAUAAAUUGUCGUUUAAUGUCUGAUCUUGGAUUAUAUUAAGGAUUCAGCGACAACAACUACCAUGCUGAAAUACUCAGCCGAACAGCUGGCCGCAAUAAUAGCUCUACCGAUAAUAAUAAUUCUCCUUUGCUGGACCGUCGUAAUUUUUCACAAAAAUCGAAAAAAAUGGGGAGCUUACGACAUACCGAUCGUGGCAGUCCUAAUCGUCAGCAUUCUCAGAAACAUUACUAUACUAACGUACACCCUGGCAAUCAUCUCUAACUAUAACGAAUUCAACACGGACUAUUGCAGCAUCGUCACGUGGAUUUUCAAUUCGAUACAUACGUUUCAAGCUUCGAGUUUAACUUCCAUCGCUGUCAUCGGUUUGUUUUCUACCAAACUGCAUAGAAAAAGUCAAAGUUUACGAAAUUUUCUCACGUCAACUCAUAUAAUUUAUCAUUUAUUUUGCUUAACGACCCUAUGCGCUUGCGUGGGUGUAGCGGCCAUUCUCGCUCAAAAAGACGGCGGCAUGAGUAACGUUUUCGCGGACAGUUUCGAAAUCAGUCCUUGCGCCUUUCUUCCUUUCGAACUCGACAUCAAAUUCAACGUUUUCAUCAUUGUCCUGCACGUUUUCCUUGCUUCCAUUUCGCUGAUCUGCUUCCUAAUCAUAUGCUUUAAUUAUUACAAAAUCAAGAAGGACGGGUUCGAUUACAUCAAAAAGAGCAAUUCCGAUCUGAGCGAGUUGAGUAACAAUUUUCACGGUAUCAACGCGAACGUGAACGAGAACCGGGGUUUCUACGACACGUACACGGUUAGCAGGAAAGACAAUAACAACUAUUGCAACAACAAAGACACCUGGGUCAACAGCCAGUUCAGUAACAGCGACGUCCUGUCCAAUAAUUCUACUACUGUCAGCUCGACGAACUCACGUCGACCCUGUAUAAUUAAACAACAACAAGAUGAGGAGGAUGAGGUGGAAAUUAAGAGGACAGGGUUGGAGACUAUGCAUCCGGUGCUGAUCGUGUGUUACCUUUUCUACCAUAUUCCACUAAUUAUAUUAUGCGUUUAUCCGAAGCUGAUAUAUCCUUGGCCUGUAACCGGAAUUGCUCUAUGGUUGGGUUUGGUACAAGAUUUACUGAUUCCAAUUGGUCUGGGAAUUGUGGACUCCAGAUUUUGUGGCUGGGUGUCAAAUGUAUACAGAUGCAAUGCUAAACAUACUAAUGAAAAAUUACCACAAGUUGGUUUGGAUGGAAAAUUUCGCCCGUUUGGUUUAUCUAGUCAACCGCAAAGUUUAGACAUCAACCACCAUGAACGAUCCAAAACACUACAACAAGUAGAACAUCGUUUCCCCAUUACCAAUGGUUCGCUAUACACCAGCAUUGAUGGUCGAUUACCCGUCAUCCAUAAUUAUCGAAGACAUAAGGAAUUUAGAACAGGAACUUUGAAACAACAACACGAGCUACAAUCGUCCAAUAUGGCACUGCAUUCAUCUCACCUGAACAGAAGAGAUUUAGAAACAUCAUCUGACAACUUCACCAACUGUACCAGUUGCGAAGCUGACCAAUGUCCGAGCCAUUCUGAUUUGCAUCACUUGAGUCCUCAGUACGUUCACCGAAAACUGAGUUUCCUUGAAGCUUCCCAAAACAACGUCUUUUCGCUGAACAGAGAAAUAAAGAACGAAGAACAUAAAAAUCAAAGACUCGUGCCCAAUCAUAAGAAUUGCUUGUUUGUUGGAAGUCGAAGUUUCCAAAAUCCUCAAAACUUAUUCCAGCAAACUAACGUUUUAGUUGACACGAACAGACAAAAGCAAUUAGUUAACUUUAAUAACAGGAGACUAAGCCAGAGUCAAGAGAGCAUUAAUCAUCUUUAUUUUGAUGGAAGAAUAAAUCGUGGGGAUAAUAUUGCAGAGAAUCUCUUUCAUCAUAGAUCUGAUAUGAAUAUUACACGACCGACUUUUAACUUAGAUUCACAGUUAAAUAGUCAAAUGAUUAAAAAUUCCAAGAACAUGUUAAGGUUAAACAAAAUGCGACUGAGCCGAAGCGAAGAAUCACUGAACGGUAUCCAAUGUGAAACUCCCAUAGUGAUAACAGCCAAUCCGCAAAAACUUUUGACAGCCCCACAAAUUCAUCACACUCAAGCACACAACUACCACCACAACAUCUAUUCUUCCGACGAUGAAGAAUACUGCUUCACUGACAGCAACGAUAAUAACGUUGGCAAGGAUUACGAUUCCUUAAGCUCAAGUAAUUCCAUCACCACGGAAGCGAACUGUGAUUUCGAGUUCUACCAAACCAAUCGCUCCAAUAACAACACCACUAACGAGAUUGUCGAAGUUUCGAACGACUUGUAUGAUAAUAAAGUUAAUAUAAUUGGAUUCAAACCGAUUGAAUCCAUGCCAGUACAAAUUAAUGUUAACGGUAACGGUAAAGAGAAACAUAAAAAUGUAUCCAACGCUAGGAUCACCAGAUCUAAUUCUAAAAGAUCUCUAGAAAGUUUUCACGCUUUCAUAGAAGAAACUUCAAAUUUGAAUAAUUUGAAUGUAGUGAAGAAAGAGGACAACGUAACCAAGAUUGCCAUAUUGCAUAGAAGCAACUCAUAUACAACUCUAGAAAAUAAGAAACGAGGUAAAAGAGCAAAGAAGAUUGACAGGUCCAAUUCAAAAUCUUCAGAGUCGAUUUCCAAGUUCGAACUGGAUGAUAAUGACUACGUCAUGAAAAAUAAGAAAAUCAAAUCAGUCGAGUACUUGCCCAAUAGCACAGAAAGUGCGGUGUAUAUAGACGACUUAAAGAACAAUAAUAAUGGAUUUAAGUAUAUAACCAGCAGUGUGCCCGAUUUUAAGAAAGUAUUUAUUUCGGAAUAUAUUUAAGACUCUAUCUUAUAUUUUUCUGUAUAUUUAUCGUUUAUUGUGACUAGAUACAUAUAUAUAUAUAUAUAAGAAUUAUAAUUUCUAGCAUGUGUGUGUUCAACUUAACUGUUUUUCGUCUUUCUAUGGUUUUACAUAGAAAAAAACUUAUUAGUCUUAUUGAUAUUUUUUUCAAAAGAAUCUCGCCUGUUAUAUACAAAUAUUAAAUUUUUAAAUUCAUACAAAGAAAUUUCAGCUAGAAUUUUCAAAAUAGUUAAGGUAGUUAUGCCUUAAAAUUUAAUAUAAAAUCAGUACUUAUUUAUUUUUUGUAACUAGAAAAUAUAAUAUUAAAAUAAAUUAGUUACCAAAAUAAGUCAUAAUUGUAAAGAAUAAAGAGUGUGACUAUACAUCUAUCUAUAAAAUAUAUCUUCUUUAUGUAAAUAUUAUGUUAGACACCCUUU